AUGGCUCCAGCCGGUGGUGGAAAUAUCAAGGUGGUGGUGCGAGUGCGGCCGUUCAACAGUCGAGAAAUCGACCGCGGCGCAAAAUGUAUUGUGCAGAUGAAAGGAAACCAGACCAUCCUCGUACCCCCUCCUGGCGCCGCCGAGAAAAUAUCCAAAGGUGGCAUGAAAGGUACGGGUGACGGCCCCAAGUCCUUCGCGUUCGACAGAUCGUACUGGUCCUUUGAUAAAGCUUCACCAAAUUACGCCGGACAGGAGAACUUAUUCAGCGAUUUGGGUGUUCCUCUCCUCGACAAUGCCUUUCAGGGUUACAACAAUUGUAUCUUUGCGUACGGUCAGACGGGUUCUGGGAAAUCCUAUUCUAUGAUGGGUUAUGGAAAGGAACAUGGUGUUAUUCCGAAGAUUUGUCAGGAUAUGUUUAAGCGGAUUGCGACUUUGCAGGAAGAUAAGAAUUUGACGUGUACGGUGGAAGUGUCGUAUCUGGAAAUUUAUAAUGAGCGCGUUCGCGAUUUGCUGAACCCCGCUACAAAGGGAAAUCUGAAAGUGCGAGAGCAUCCGUCGACUGGUCCAUAUGUGGAGGAUUUGGCGAAAUUGGUCGUGCGAUCGUUCCAGGAAAUUGAGAAUCUGAUGGAUGAAGGUAAUAAAGCGAGAACGGUUGCUGCGACCAACAUGAACGAAACAUCUAGUCGAUCGCAUGCCGUGUUUACUCUUACUUUGACCCAAAAACGACACGAUGCGGAAACCACAAUGGACACAGAAAAAGUUGCGAAAAUUAGUCUGGUCGAUUUGGCUGGUUCCGAGCGAGCGACAUCUACAGGCGCGACGGGUGCCCGACUGAAGGAAGGUGCCGAAAUUAAUCGAUCUCUGUCGACUUUGGGUCGUGUCAUUGCAGCUCUUGCCGAUUUAUCGUCCGGCAAAGGCAAGAAAGGAACGCUGGUGCCAUAUCGUGACUCCGUAUUGACGUGGCUGCUGAAGGAUUCUCUUGGAGGAAAUUCAAUGACUGCCAUGAUUGCUGCUAUUUCUCCUGCAGAUAUCAACUUUGAGGAGACGCUAGGUACCUUGCGGUAUGCGGAUUCGGCGAAACGUAUCAAGAAUCAUGCUGUGGUCAACGAAGACCCGAACGCUCGUAUGAUUCGUGAAUUGAAAGAGGAAUUGGCUCAAUUGCGAAGCAAACUUGGCGGUGGUGCAGGUGGUGCAUUAACAGCUGGCGCUCCAAUGGAGGAAUCAUACCCGCCUGAUACGCCUCUAGAUCAACAAAUCGUGUCUAUUGCCCAGCCCGAUGGCACCGUCAAAAAGGUCAGCAAGGCCGAGAUUGUUGAACAACUGAACCAGAGUGAGAAGUUAUACAAAGAUUUGAAUCAAACAUGGGAAGAGAAACUGGCUAAGACAGAGGAGAUCCAAAAGGAGCGUGAAGCUGCUUUGGAAGAGUUGGGUAUCAGUAUUGAAAAGGGAUUCGUGGGACUCAGUACACCGAAAAAAAUGCCUCACUUGGUCAAUUUGAGCGACGAUCCACUAUUGACAGAAUGUCUUGUCUAUAACAUCAAACCAGGUGAAACCAGAGUCGGCAAUAUUGAUCAGGAUAAUGGAGCGGAAAUUCGACUGAAUGGAUCGAAAAUUCAGCAACAACACUGUAUUUUCCAGAAUGUGGAUAAUGUGGUAACGCUGAUUCCAGGUGAAGGGGCUGCGAUUAUGGUCAAUGGUCUACGCAUCGAAAAACCAACACGUCUUCGAAGUGGAUGUCGUAUCAUUCUUGGUGACUUUCAUAUCUUUCGAUUCAACCACCCUGAAGAAGCUCGUGCGGAAAGGGUGGAGCAAAGCUUACUGCGUCAUUCAGUGACUACCAGCCAACUACGGUCCCCUGCUCCUAGUAGGACUCAUGACCGUACAAUGAGUAAGACCGGCUCAGAAAUCGAUGGUGAGGUGGGCCGGACUGACUCUCCAAUACCCAAUCGAAGUGGUAGAGAUGCAGACUGGUUUUAUGCUCGUCGAGAGGCUGCUAGUGCUAUUCUCGGACCCGAUCAAAAGAUCGCAGAUCUCAAUGACGACGAGCUGGAUGCCCUCUUCGAUGACGUGCAAAAGGCUCGUGCAGUCCGUCGUGGUUUGUUGGAGAAUGAGGAAGAUACCGAUUCUUUGAGUUCGUUUCCUGUCCGCGAUAAAUACAUGUCGAAUGGAACUAUUGAUAAUUUCUCACUUGAUACCGCCAUCACCAUGCCGGGAACUCCUCGUCAGAUUGAUGAGGACGAAGGAGAUUCUUCAUUGCAAGCCGCUCGCGAUGAUAUGCAACGCCAGCUUGAUAAGCAAAAAGGCGAAUUUCAAGAGAAGCUGAAGGCGGACGCAUCUCAUGUUGAUGUUGAAGAAUUACGACAAGAACGGAUUCGCAUGGAGGAAGCUCUGCAAUCAGCCAAGGUUGAGUUUGGAAAGCAGCUCAAACAGCAGAAAGAGCAAUAUGAAACCCACAUCAAAGAAAUGGGCCAUCCUGUCCCUCGGAUAUAUGAAAAUGGCUUCGCCAAACUGGAUGACAAGGAGAUCGAAAUCGCGAAAUCUGUUGUUCGCCUCUGGUCGAAACGGAAUUAUGUUCGCAUGGCUGAAUCUAUCCUCCAGCACGCUUCGCUAUUGAAAGAGGCUCAAGUGAUGAGCCAGAUAAUGGAUAAGAAUGUUGUCUUUCAGUUUGCCGUUAUUGAUGAAGGACACAACAUGGUAUCUUCAUAUGAUCUCGUUCUCAACGGUAUCUCUGGUGAAGAUGAUGAUGCCCUCGAUACUGUCAAAAAGCCCUGCGUUUGUGUCCGAGUAAUUGAUUUCAAACAUUGUUUCGUUCAUCUCUGGUCGAUUGAGAAACUUCAGAAACGAGUUCAAGCAAUGCGUCAGAUGCACCAAUAUAUUGACCGACCUGAUUAUAUUCAACAUUUCAAACUAGAGAAUCCCUUUUCCGAGACUUGCCCGGCGCAAUAUUCUCUCGUCGGCGAUGCAGAUAUACCAUUGACUGCUGUCUUUGAGAUGCGCGUCCAGGAUUUCUCUGUGGAGGUAGUUUCUCCCUAUACACAAAGCGUCAUUGGUAUCAUACGACUGUCUCUUGAGCCAUCGUCUGCACAAGGCCCUUCUUCUACGCUCAAAUUCAACAUUGUCAUGCGGGACAUGGCCGGUUUCGCCGAGCGCGAGGGUACGGAGGUCCAUGCUCAGCUUUUCGUACCGGGUGUCUCUGAAGAAGGAGGAGCUACAACGACGCAGAUGAUCAGCGGUUUUGACGAGAAUCCCGUCCGAUUUGAAAGUGUACACAGCAUGAGCUUGCCACUAUCGAGUCCACGCACAGCGUCCUUAAAGGUUUGCAUAUAUGCCAAGGUGACAUCAAUGCAUCUGGACAAACUGCUUAGUUGGGAUGAUAUGCGUGAUUCUUCCGAGAAGCCGGCACCAUCGAAACGCAAGACGCCGCGGAUCGCCGAGACAGAGUUUUUCACCGAAGAACGUCACGAUGUCUUUACUCGCAUCCAGAUUCUAGAACUUGCAGAAAGUGGUGAAUAUUUGCCUGUCGAGGUGGUGCAGAGCAGUAGCAUGGACGUUGGCACAUAUCAGCUACAUCAGGGUCUGCAAAGACGAGUCGCGAUUCAUUUAACCCAUAGCUCUACAGAGAACUUUCCCUGGGAGGAUGUUACCAAUUUGCGAAUUGGAUCUGUUCGGCUACUUGAUCCAUGGGGCAAGAUACCUGAUCAAGAUUUCAAGACUCCCGAUGUUCCGCUUCGUUUGGUGCAGGAACCGAUGAUCAAGGACAAUGCGGAUGGAACUUCGAAUGUGACGAUAAUCGGACAAUGGGAUUCUAGUCUCCAUGGCUCUCUUCUGAUGGAUCGCACUACGGCUGAAAAGUAUCGUGUGCAAGUCUCAUUACGCUGGGAUUUGGUAUCGGCGCGUGUUCAAGAGCCUAUUGUCUUUGCGUUGGAUCAAACACUUGUCGUUCUUGGACGAAACUAUGCUCGCCCACAAUCAAUUCUCAGACAUAUUUGGAGCUCCACGAGAGUGGUACAUUCUACAGUCGGCAUGUUCUCAGUCGUCAUUCGCCCCGUAUCCGCCAAACGUGCUGCAGAUCUCUGGCGCAUGAACACCCAAAACGACUAUGUCAAGGGCGAGGAACUGCUCACAAGCUGGUCACCGCGCAAAGUUUCCUUGGUUCGCGACUUUAUCGCCUCACGAAAGCGAAGGCAGCGCGGUGCUGAAUUAGAAGCUGCUCGCGGCGCUUUGGGGACUGCCAGCCUUGUACACUCACCAGCCAAAGGAAGUGGACGCUCGACACCACUCCGUAAUCAAGAACUGUCCGAACGACAAACGAAACUUAUCCAACGAUACCUCACUAUAUGGUCAACCCGCAAAGACCCCACAGAGGUAAUUCUCGUAAAAACCAACACCGAACAACCCACCAACGGGAACGUCUCCAAGGUUCCCUCCAUCCUAGAGUCGGACGGCGCCUCCACCUCCGAACACGCCUCAACACCGCGCUACAUCGCCAACGUACAAACACUAAGCAAAAAUGCCACAAUUGCAAAAGCAAGCUAUCUCAUGAUGCCAGACGACGACAACAGCACACGCUGGGUACGCCGAUUUAUUGAGCUUCGUGGGUCUUAUUUGCAUGUCUACUCCGUCCCCGACGGCGACGAAAUCAAUACCAUCAACCUCCGCCAUGCACGUGUGGAUCAUGACCCAGAUUUUGCGCGGUUGUUUGAGGGAUCGAAUGGAUUUGCAUCAAACCGCAACAAUGGUGUUGGGAGAUCGAAUAUUUUUGCGGUCUAUGGGCCGCAGAAUACGUUCUUGUUUGCGGCCAGGACGGAGGCGCAGAAGGUGGAGUGGAUUUUGAAGAUUGACCAGAGUUAUUUUAGUAAUAAUGCACCGACGAAUGGGCGGUGA